AUGAUGAUACGGCAAUGCGUUAUUGUCACCGUCACGACAGUGGCAAGUGUGGUGUGGUGGUUCUACGGCAUCGUGCCGCUCGCCGUGCUUCUCGUCGCCUGUGCGUGUGUGUGGGACAAGGCGUUUGGGAUUUUUCUCAUGGCGGGCCCGCUCACGUCACGACAAGUACCGCCGGCACCGAUCGCAUACUGCCAGCAGCUGUCGGCGCUGCAGCUGAGCAAGGCGUACAGCACGGGCGAGCUGCGCUGCGAGGAUGUGGUGCGAACGUACAUUGAUCACAUCAAGCGUGUCAACCCGUAUAUUAACGCGAUGGUCUUCGAGUGCUUCGACGAGGCGAUUGCAGCCGCAAUUAAGGCAGACACUGUGUGGGAGGCGUGGCGCAGAAACCGCACAAAGCCGGCGCCGAGUUGGCUGCUGGGCGUGCCGUGCACUGUGAAGGAGUGCAUGAGCGUCAUUGGCUGCCCAAACACAAGCGGCCACCCGCAGCGGCGUCACAUGAUCGCACAAAGUGACAGCCCAGUGGUAAAGAAUUUCCGUGACGCCGGUGCGGUCAUCCUUGGCGUCACCAACACAAGCGAGUUGUGCAUGUGGUACGAGAGCUCGAACCGCCUGUACGGCAUCUCCUGCAACCCGUACGACACGCGCUGCCUCGUGGGCGGCAGCAGCGGCGGCGAGGGGGCGGCGGCCGGCGCCGUCUUCUCCACAUUCAGCAUCGGCAGCGAUAUUGGCGGCUCGAUACGGAUGCCCGCCUUCUUCAACGGCGUCUUUGGCCACAAGGCGAGCCCGCACUACAUCAGCAACCGCGGCCAGCACCCCGCCCCGCGCACGUCCGCCCACCACUACAUGGCGACAGGCCCUAUCACGCGCUUCGCGGAGGACAUCGCCCCGCUGUGCCACAUCGCCGCGCGUGGCGGAUUUCUCGAGGACCCAGCGAAGUACCCGCCACGCGCGCCGCUGCGGGAGAUUCCGCAGAUCAGCAGGCACAAUCCGAUUCGCGUCUUUGCACUGGAGGACUUUGGCAUUCAUGGAGUCUGCACGUCCAGGUCGCAGAUCCAGGCUGUGCAGCUGGCAGCGCGAAGUAUGGAGGAGCGCUACGGUGCGCAUGUGGUGUACAUCAAUAUGCGUGACCGCAGCCGCUGCAGUGGUGGGGAGAUCCCAGCCGCGUUCAAGCCAUUCGCCGACACUCUGGCCCUCUGGUCUAAGGCCCUUAUGAAAGACCCCACCGAGAACAAGUUCACUACACUCAUGGGGGAGGGGUACCCGCGUUUCNGCGUCUUUCGCGAGCUGGCGCUGUGGACUUUUGGUCGUUCGCAGCAUACGCUACCUGCACUGCUUCUGUGCGUUUUUGAAUCAAUUGAGGAGAGCCUUCCACGGAAGCUGCAGAUGGGAGUGACCAAGUUCAACCUUGAUGAAUUCAAGCGGUCGUUGGAAGAGCUGCUGGGCGACGACGGCGUCAUCAUUGCGCCAACGUUUCCGCGCCCAGCACCGCGACAUCACUCGCCGUUGAUGUCGCCAUUUGAGUUUCAGUACACCGCUGCCUUCAACGCGCUGCAGAUGCCGGCAACCGCUGUUCCCAUUUGGCCGGACGACCUGCGCGCCCGGCCCACGACGCUGACGCCUGAAGACGUGCGGGAGCGUGGAAUGCCGGAGGAUUACCACCUGCCGAAGGGUGUGCAGGUGGUGUCGCGGGAGCACAACGACGAGCUGAGCAUCGGCGUUGCAGUUGCGCUCGAGCAGGCGCUGGGCGGCUACAAGUACCCCGGCUGGGCCGUGAUGGAGCCGUAA